AGCAUCUUUGUUCGCGUAUCAGACUUUAGCCUGAGACCACAUUAAAUGAUGUAUCGACUGCUGUUGGCUGUGGUGGGUUUAGCUAACCUUCCUUAUAUUCGCACCUGUUGCUCCCCAGAUGUUCUCCAAGGCAAUGCCAUGUAUUAUGGAUAUAUGGUCGAGGAAAAAGAGUCUUAUCAGAAUAUGGUAAAAUUUUACUACGAUGCGGAUAAAAAGAAAAUAGCAACGAUAACAACCAAUAUGGGGAACAGGACAGGACAGGUCAGAGAUAUAUACGACUUCGCCGCAAGGAAACGUUACGUCAUAACCGACAACAGCUCCUGUAACGUCACGAAACUGAAACGUUCCUUCGAGAAGAUCUGCGUUCCGUCUAGCGCAAAGUUUAUGGGUUCCGCUGACCUCGGAAACAGCGAGGCCAAAAUGAGCGUCGAUAUGUACAGAUUGAAAGUUAAAAAAGGUAAAAUGUCUGGCGAGGCGGACAUAAUGGUGACGCCGAUGGACGGUGGGAAGUGUACCUUGGUAGGAGUAGUGAUGAGCGGGGGAAAGGACGGAGAAAUUCAGAUGGCGGAAACCUCUGUUUAUAUGAACUUUACGUUUGAAAUAUCUGACAAAUCUGUAUUCCAACCACCGAAGCAGUGCUAUAGGAACAACGAAAGCGAAAGCCUCCUGUUUGAAGUUUUAGGAGGAAUCCGAAGAGAAAUUUACAUCUUUUAGAAUCCAAAAAGACUUUAAUUUUGCAAUCAUUUCAAUGCCACUAAAAUGGAAAAAACAAAUUUUAUCUUAAAAAAAAUUGUUGAACAUUUUAUGAGUAAAAGAGAUAGGGAAAAAGUAUUCGACUAUUGUGAUGUGAAGUUUUUCUUAGACCUUUAAGAAGGCACGCAAUAAACUGUAUGAAUGUUACACCAACUGCACCCCCCCAACAAAAAAACCACCGAUAAUUAACGAUUGUAGACUAUUGUACAUAGAUCUUAAUAGUCCAUGUUGUUCCCGCAUUUAUUAAUAGAUAUGUAUAUGGGAUCGGAUAUAUUUUGAUUACUAUAAUUCCUCAUUCGUAUUUUGGUCUUUUCUUGUAAAACAAAGAAUGCCAUGAAUAUAUAUUGCCAAUAACAUAUUUUUUGUCAUGACUACUCACUCAGAUAAUAAAGAAAUGAAAUCAUCCUGA